ACCAAUCAGUGGAGGGGCUGUCCCCAGAGUCCAGCCACUCUCUUCCUAUGAGUCCUCACACCUUCUCCUCUCCCUCUGGAUCCACUUCAUUCAGCAACACUCUCCUAGCAGUCUUCCUUUUACAGUCAGUGACAGUGCCUCUGCAAGGGUUCCUGAACGCCAUAGUCUACGGCUGGACCAGAGGAGACUUUCUCCAGGUGAUGGCCAUCUCUACCAGCAUCAGCUCCCACUGCUCACACACCGAGGAGACCGACAGAGAACACGGCACAAACUGC